UCAUAAAGGAAAAUAAUCAUACUUUGCACCUCCCUACGAACACCCUCCCUGGGUAUCUCUCGCUCCCCGGUGGAUCGCAUGUCAACACCGGAUUACAAUCUGAUUUCGUGAGGUCGGCCAUCUGCUUUAACCACAGCCAGAGCCACGUCAUAUUUGUGUGCCGCUGUCGAGCGAGCUGCGCGAGCUGGCUCUCCAUCUCUCCCGCGGUAUUUUUUUACGUAGAAUCACGUCACCGCGACCGCAGACAUGAAUAUAUUCCGACUGCUGGGCGACCUGUCCCAUCUCUUAGCCAUUAUCAUACUUCUUCUCAAGAUAUGGAAGACGCGGAGCUGCGCCGGUAUCAGCGGCAAGUCGCAGAUUCUCUUCGCGAUUGUUUACACCACCCGUUACCUAGACCUGUUUACCACAUUCAUCUCGGCGUACAAUACGUUCAUGAAGAUUGUGUUCAUCGCCACGUCUCUCGCUACGAUUUUCUUGAUGUACGUCAAGUUCAAAGCUACGUAUGAUCAUAAUCACGAUACGUUCAGGAUCGAAUUCCUGAUUCUACCUGCGUUUGUACUGGCGUUGCUGAUUAAUCAUGAACUAUCCUUUGUGGAAGUCUUGUGGACAUUCAGCAUCUACCUAGAGUCGGUGGCGAUAUUACCACAAUUGUUCCUGGUGUCAAAAACAGGCGAGGCAGAAAGCAUCACUAGCCAUUAUCUGUUUGCAUUGGGAUCGUACAGAGGCCUGUAUCUGUUCAAUUGGGUCUACCGUUAUUACGCCGAGGAUCACUACGACUUGAUCGCUAUAGUUGCUGGAUUGGUGCAGACAGUUCUUUACUGUGACUUUUUCUACCUCUAUAUUACCAAAGUACUCAAAGGCAAGAAGCUACAACUACCUGCUUAGCUUCAAUUAAGAGUAUUAUCCUCUUGUAUUGGAGAAACAUUUGACUGCCUCUGUGGCAUCGCCAAUUCGAGAUAAAUUCGGGCAGUCCUGGGUAUUCGGGCAAAUCCUGGGUCGCGUUCGUGAAAUGUGCAUGUAGUGUACGUUUCUGUUAAGAAAUGUCUUGCAGCAGUUUUCCCUCUUUCCAUACACUUCCUUCUUCCCUUCUGUCAUGCAUCAUCUCUCCUGCGAUGCCACAUGCCACAUCUCCUCUCCAGAUGAGAUCUAGAUUUGUCUUUUUGUUACUUUCUCACACUUCAUUUCAAGAGACGUACAUUACUAAAUCGAGGUGGGUUUAUUUUCAAAUUCAUAAUAUAAAAAUCAACAAAAUACAGAAAAAGAACAAGAGAAAGAACGUAGGAUCAAUUUUCAUUUAUAUUUACGGUUUAUAUCGUUGUAACUUUCAGUAAUAAAUAUAGUUAAUAAUUAU